AUGGUUGAAAUAGCCUGUAGGCGAAGAAGAGGGGAGAUUGGGCGAGAGAGAGGGAGAGGGGAGGCACCGUUGGACGUUGCUACUGGGUGCACGCUAGAGGCGUGCGAGGAGAAGGCAUUGGGCACCCCUUUGGGUGUUGAUUUGGGAAGCUUGGGUGUGCGGGAGGCUGGACAAGGCGAGCAGGAGGCUAAGCGCGUAGCACUGGGCGCCGAUCUGGGCGGUGGGCAGCCUGAGGCGACUGUUCGCGUGUUGCUGGGGUUACCUGAUGCAGCUAUUCACUCACUGCAGGGCGUGAGGGAGAUAGAUCGGGCAAUGGGCGAGAGGGAAGAAAUGGGUGCUAAUUUUGGCGUGGCUCGAGGAAAGCAAAAUGUGGUGGCAGAUGCACUAAGUAGAAAGUUUGCAGGGAGCAUGGCCUCUUUGCUUACUCAGCAAAAACAACUUGUGAGGGAUCUUGAAGAGGCAAAAGUUGAGGUGGGGAUACCUGAGACUAAUACUUUUGUAGCAAGCUUGAAAGUUCGGCCUACCUGCUAG